AUGAUCGACUACAAAUAAUUUGAGUAUAAUGAACAUCUCCUUGCACUGGCAUAUAACAUAUACCGGUAUAUAAUUUAACUAUUAUUAUUAUGAUUAUUAUUAAAGUGUUUCUCACCUGUAUACACGGUUGGUUUUUGUUUGCAAUUCUUGAAACUUGAAAUUCUCCCGUGACAAUGAUCCAUGUUUUGUACUUUUUGGAAAUAUGCAACGUUUGGCAUAAGAACGUGAGAAAAACACGUGAGAAAAAUAAUAAUGAUGAUGUUGUAACUGUGGUAUUUUUGUAGGAACUCCACGUUUAAAUUCCCGCUUGUAGCCGUAAGGCGUGUCUGCUGUUGUUAUUUGUCUCCAUCUAUCGGCAAAUAUAGUUUCUACAGAACUGUACAAUUAUGCAGUUUCUUUAAACUUUAUUACAAGCGUGUGUAUAAAACUUGAAUCGAGCGUUAUGAACUAGUAAAUGCCACAGAGAGCGCUGUUAGGGGCAUUUAGGGGGUUUGGGGCGUUGAGUGCUCUUAUAGAUGAUUCUCCUGAAUUGCCAUUAUGAGUAUAGGUGAGAGAGAGAGAGAGAGAGGUGAUAGAUUGACACAUGGAUGGGCUUUGGAAGCUGCUGUGUGUUUUUUUUUUUCCUUCUUCUUUUUUUUCUUUCUUUUCUCUUUAUCUUUUAGUGGGCGGGAGCAAUUUCACUCUAGGCCUAUAUGUCAAUGCCCGUUUGAUAUUCAAAGUGUUGCAUAGCCUACUCUGACAGUAAGUCAUUCACAGCAACAAAGCAAGUUUGUACAGGGACGUCAGCGCGUGUCAGAACUGUCCGAACAUGAAAAAUCUUCCGCUUCUUCUUCUGCUCCUCAUCCUCCAGAACCACAAGAUCCAUAUGGACAGGAUUGAGAGGAACCAGGAUUGUGCUUGGAGUUGUUCUGAGGGUCUACAGUGUAAACCCAGAGCUUACUCUCCACUGUCAGCAUUUAACUGCAGGAAUCAGCCUGUUAGCAGCACCGUGGUCAAUAAUGUGAUGUUGUCUACUGUGUUGGCAUGUGAAGGGAGGAAAUGUUCACUCCAGCUUAAAAUCGGAACAUCAGUGAAUGCUACUGGUGAUAUUCGUGGAGUUUCAGUAUGUGCCGAUUCUGCAGGGAUGAUAGGACAUUGCCAGAUUUACACCUUUGGCCAUGUUGGCAAAGGAAAAGCCACAGGAAAACAGGUUGAUGUGAAGUUUAAAUGUGUUCCUGUUAGACCUGGACAGCUUGUGUUUGUGACUCUCAAAACCAUUCCCAACUACUGUAAGGCCACGUGGACACAAAGACACCUUGUUCCUGAAUGCAGUCAUGAAGGUAUCAGAGAUGAAAUCGCAGAGUGCAUCACUGGGAAGCUGGCAUACACUGUGGAUAAAGCCAGGAAUGCGUUAACAGUGAAAGUGACUGAUGCUCCAGAGGACACAGACUACAACCUCAGGCUCUGCCAUAAACGUAAUGUCAUCUGUGCUGGGGAAGGGGCUCAUAGAAAGAUAAAACCACAACAUCUACAGAGUAACAUAACGCUUCAUUAUUCCAAACCAUUACCCUGUUUGUGCAUUGAGGGUUGGCCUGCUAGAGUAGAUGCAAGGAGAAUUCAAGUGUGUCCGUUCAAAAACAAUUUAGAAGAACUGUGGUCUGGGAUAACCUAUGACUUCAAUAAGGAAGAGUUGAUAUGGGAGCCGCAGUGUCCAGUCAAAGUGUCAGUUUCUCUGUGCCAUGCUGAUGGAGGGAAAAGCUGUCAAGACAUUGGAAAUGUUUUCCACUCAGAGGGACAAAAAGUGAUAUUCUCUUCCGUGGAUCCACACCCAACACUUUGCACGAAGUUUACCACUGAAGUGGGGACAUGGAUAAAGUGUCCUUUUGCCAAAGGAAAUUUCUCAGUCUGGACAGCAAAAAUGACAUCAAAAGAUGGUCAGCAGUGGGCAGAGAUUUCAACAUGGGUCAAAGCCAGCUUCUCUGUUUCUGUCUGUGAGAUGAAUCCCUCCUCUCAGUGUAAACGAAUCGAGGGAAACAAGUUCCAAAACCUUUCUGUGGACAAAAUGAAGCACACAGUUUUCAACUUGUCUAAAAGUGCGUGCGAAGUGUGCGUCUGCAUCCAGGUCCAGAGGGUAGAUGUGCGCUUUUCAGUCCCUGUACUUCAGUGCGACUUGCAGUGUUCAAAUUGGUGCCAUGACCCAGAGAGAAGUCAGGACAUUGAGAAGAUUUUAUUGCCUGCUUUAAUUUUUCUGACCGUGAUCCUGGCAGCUGUCUUGUUUGGUAGAAUGACAAUAAAAGAUGUGGACAAGAAGAGAACGCCAUGGACGAAACUCACAUGUCUGAGGAUGAAUCAGUGACACAUGCCUUCUCAGCAAGAGGAUGUAGAUUGUAGGACAGUUCUCAAUAAAGCAUGCAUGUCCAAACUUUUUUUUUUUUUUACUGUAAGACUGAAGCUUAACAUAAUACUUGUUUAUGUCUUGUCUGAUGCACACAUGAAAGUUGUAACACAUUAUAUACAUUGUUUUUUCUCAUGCAUAAUGCAACAGCUGCUUUUAUGAAUUUAUAACACGCGUAUUAACAUGCCCACAGAAUCUGAAGCAUUUGUAUAUACAACUUUUGUAUGUAAGUCAAUAUAAGACUGAAUUUAUGUGACACAUUAAUAGUUUCCUGCUUUGCCUAAUCAAAUGUGUUUUUGUCACCUAUGAGUUACUUAUUUUGUACAGCAGAGGGCAGUGUGUAUAACAAACGAAUGUCUGUGUCAGCAGUGAUGUGAACGAGUUUUUGCAUCUCAUGUUGAUAUUUCUCUCACGUCAGGCUUGAAACUAGGUCACAAAUGGGUGGUCAGUUUACAGACACUUGUGUAACCCCAUUGUGUUGGUUCACUGCCAUAGAAACUUUUGCAGCUGCACAUGUUCCUGUGUCGCCUGUGCCUGUCGUCAUGAUAUUCGAUGACACACUUUUCUCUGAUCCUGAGGAUGCAGAGAUACUGUAUGACAUUCCUGGAUGGUGCGGCUCUGUGCCGAUGGGAGGGGCCGGGCAGAAUCGGCUCUGGGGUUUGCUGAUGAAAACAUUCCUGAAGGAUAGAGUAAAGCCCAAACAAUAGAGCUCAAUCAUAGAUAUAGGACAAAUACAGUUUUGGGGAGAUGCCACCAUUGUCCAUCUUAGUCUGUGAUUUUUAUUGUGUUUUAAUCAACUGAAUAAACUUUUUUUUGGGAUCAUACUUAGAGUUCGCAGGGUUCACUUGAAAAUAAAGGGGGUUUUCGCAUGUGAUGCCACAGAAGAACCAUUUUUGGCUCCUCAAAUAACCUUUUAAUGAACAGUUCUUAAAAUCGGUUUGUGAAGAACAUUUUAAUAAUCUAAAGAACCUUUUGUGGAAUGGAAAGUUUCCAUGGAUGUUAAAGGUUCUUCAUGGAACCGUUGAU